UGAGCGUGCUUCUGCCGCCGCUUGGUUGGCUGGCUUAGUCCGCAUGCGCAGUGGGCUCUUCCGGCCGCUGUGUUGCACAAAUGGUGGAAAAGAAAACUUCUGUUCGCUCCCAGGACCCUGGGCAGCGGCGUGUGCUGGAUCGAGCCGCCCGCCAGCGCCGCAUUGACCGGCAGCUCGAGGCCCUGGAGAAUGACAACUUCCAGGACGACCCCCACGCUGGCCUUCCCCAGCUCGCCAAGAGGCUGCCCCAGUUUGAUGACGACGCAGACACAGGAAAGAAAAAGAAGAAAACCCGAGGUGAUCAUUUUAAACUCCGCUUCCGAAAGAACUUCCAGGCCUUGUUGGAGGAGCAGAACCUGAGUGUGGCUGAGGGCCCCAACUACUUGACGGCCUGUGCGGGACCCCCGGCCCGGCCUCAGCGCCCCUUCUGCGCCGUGUGUGGCUUCCCGUCCCCCUACACCUGCGUGAGCUGUGGUGCCCGGUACUGUACCGUGCGCUGUCUGGGCACCCACCAGGAGACCAGGUGUCUGAAGUGGACUGUGUGAGUGGGGCGGAGCCUCAUCACCAUGCAGAGACAGAGGCAGGAGUGGAAGACUGAGCAGGGAAGGCCGCCUGGCCCAGGAAGACUAGGACUGACUACCAGGGCUGGUCCUGCCCACAGGCUGCUAUGGGAAUAAAGACCUUGUGUGAGGGCCACAGGCUGCCUGCUGCUCUGUGCCCUGCCCUGUCCCUCCCCCCACCUCCCCAUCCCUCUCCAGGACAGAUCCGCACUCAGCUGCCACCACUCCCUCACUCCCCUGCCAAGACACUGCUUUUCUUAGUUACUGUUUUUUUAAGAGUCUUGCCAUGUAGAUCAGGCUGACCUCAAAGUUGAGCUCCUGUCUCCCAGGCACUGGGAUUACAGUUGCACAAUGCCUAGCUUCUGUCUUUGCUUGGUUAUCAAUUUCUAUUUUUUUUUAAUUGUCUGUUUCCUUUUAGUUUCUCUGAGCAUUUCAGAGACCCAAUGGUUUGAGAACUGGGUGGCCAGGAAGUGGGGUGAGGGUGGGGGUCGGGGCUCAGAGGUUCCGCUGAGGAGCCGAUCCUGUCUUUGUCCUCUGGCACUUAGCCAGAGGGGAGUGGUCAGUGGGCCUGUCCUGGGGCCACAGGCCUGUGGAGCGGUGGCGCUUGUGCGGCCCCUAUUGUAACAGGAGUUUCUGGCCGUCCCAGGUGCUGGACUUCCUCAGCCGUCUCUUGAAUAAAUGACCCGAGUGAACUA